AUGGAGUAUAGACUGCCUCAGAUUAAUAUGUUCACUCGCGAUGAGUGGGAUUGGCCAUUUCUCAAGUUUAACCUCAAGCGCGAAGACCUGUUCACGACCCUUCACGAUCGCUUCAACAUGCACCGGCUGCCUCUACAAGAUCCUAUGGCAUUCCACCGAGAUGUAUGCGAAGCUGUGGCCUACUCUGGAACAUUAGAGGAAUUUUACUCGCAGAUGGAGGAGCGCAAAGCCCAGCGGGCCAAGGAGAUGAACAAAGCAUGGGAUGAUAUCUGCUUUCUGAUUGCUUCGGGGCCUUGGGUUCUCGCAUGCCCGUUGUGCUACGACGCAGAAACUGGUGAUGUGAAGACACCGCCAGACACGUUGAAUGACUCCAUGCCGCAGAAGUGGGCGCUCUUUAACUAUUUUAGCCGCUCACUGUCAUUUGAUACCUUGAUAAGAUAUUUUGACGGCUAUGUUCGAGACCGGCGCAAGAAAGUGGAAGACCGCGAGCGCAGGGCAGACGAACGCUUGGCGAGAUUGAUGAGGCAGGCUGCGGCAAAACGCGCAGCAUCUGCUGCUGUUGAUGCUACAAAAGCGGCACCUCAAACCCCUCCCAAGGCAGCGCACCACCAGCCAAAAACGUCCCACGACGCGUCGACUUCAUAUCCUCCCAGCGACAGGUCACGACGCUCGUCGACUCGAAGGCGACACGAGAAAGCAACGCAUCCUUCAACGACCGCAAAUCCGACGACACAAAAGAGAAGGAGCGACGAAGACACGCGAGGGCCCCAGCGGAAGAGGCGGCGCACGAGGAGUGAAAGCGCUGGGGAGGAUGACGAUGCUGUGUGGAUUGCUGCUGAGCAUGACAGCUGGGAGGCCGAAGAGCCUGCGCCGACGCCGAGACAUGCCGCGAAGCGUGAGCGAACAGACGAUCACCCGGACGAGCGGGGAAACAAGCGGUCGAAGAGAUAUGUAUCCAGUCAGGAAGACGAUUCCGAACACUUGCACUAUCAUUCCUCCCCAGACGAGCGAGAGAAUGAGUGGUUAAGACCAUUUUCCGACGCGGAAGAAGAGAAUGAAUUCCUACACCACUACGAUUCUCUCGACGAGCAAGAGGGCCAGACAUCUUCACACGAAAAUACGGAAGGGCGUGCGGCCAACGACACCACUGAUGAAGCAGCGGACGCCAAGAAACAUAUGACGAAGCCUCGAGCGCUCCGCCGGCAACGAGUUGAAAGAAGGCGUUCACGCACGGAGUCCGAAAUGUCGCCUCCGAAGGAGCAACCGCGUCAGAAGAAGCGCCAAGAGCGAAAAUCUGUCGAGCAACUUCUGCAGUCGAAGCGGUCUUCCAGACGUACUGCUGGGCAGCCGUUGUUUUUCCUCGAUGAUAAUGCGACACCUUGCGUGGCAGGCGUUAAACGGAGGAUCAGACGACGCUAA